GUGUCGGGACAAAAUGUUUCAACUUUGGAAACUUGUUUUCUUGUGCGGUCUGCUCACUGGGACCUCAGCAUCUCUUCUUGAGGAUCUUGAAAAUGACCUGAGUGAUGCUGAGGACAAACUGCAACCUGUCAUUGAUAAGGGACUUGAGACCGUUGAACCUGUCCUUCAGAAAUUGAAGGCUGAGUUGGAGUCACUCCAGGAAUCCGAGUCUUGGCAGGAGGCUAAGCAGAAGGUACAGGAAGCCGAGAACUUGUUGGACAAAGUCCUCUCUAAAAUCUUUCAAAUUACGGAAAAAGCUACAGGGUUGAAAAUCAGUAACUUGCACAUCCUCGAUGCCAAAGUCAAGCUGAUGGCUGACGGCAAAGGCAUUAGCCUGAAUCUCCCCAUCACUGCGAACGUUUCCCUGACCCUCCCUCUUUUGGGCCAGGUUGUUGACCUGGACCUCAACUUGGACCUCCUGACUAGCGUCACAAUUGAAACAGAUGCCAAGACUGGUGUCUCCACCGUGACCCUGGGAGAAUGUGCCAGCGACCCAGCCAGCAUCUCACUCACCUUGCUGGACAGACGCAGAGCACUGGUCAACAGAGCCGUGAACUCCGUGAUCAAAGUACUGAGAAAAGUGGUGUCCCUUGUAGUGCAAAAGGAGGUAUGCCCAAUGAUCCAAAAACUCGUUGAAAACCUGGGUGUGAGUUUGUUUAAGAACAUCAUUGAUUCACUCCCGAAGGCUUAACUGAAUUCUCUUGUACCAUCUUCCCCUGGGACGGUGCUGCCACCAUCCAACAGUGUGAAAGCCUGAGCCCAGUCUAAGGACACCCCUCAGAUUUGCCUCCUUACAGUCGGGACAGUGGCCUCUACACUCGUUACCCUCCACCCCCAGCAAUAAAAAGCCAUUUCUGCA